AUGGAGAAUGAGAAAGAGAAUCGAGGCCUGGAUCUAGAGAAGGAGUUGACGUGCUCUAUCUGCACCGAAGUCCUCUACCAGCCCCUAACCCUCCUCGACUGCCUACACACCUUCUGCGGCUCCUGCCUCAAAGAAUGGUUCGCCUUCCAGCUCUCUUCGCACCGCGCCUCUCCCUCUCCGCUCCCGGAAACAGGACUCCCAUACACAUGUCCCUCAUGUCGCGCUCCCGUCCGAGACACGAAACAUAAUGCUACGGUCACUACCCUGCUGGAGAUGUUCCUUGCUGCGAACCCGGAGAAGGGAAGGACGGAGAAGGAGAGGAGCGAUAUGAGGGUUAAGUACGAUGCUGGAGAGAAUGUGCUUGUAAGGGUGGAAGCACGGGAGAUGAGCCUCAGGGAGAGGCAGGUCAUGGAUGCAGAUAGGCGAUUGGUGGAUGCGACUAGGGAGCUGAGUGCGAGGGAGGCUGGGGUGGAGGAUCCCGGGGCCAGGAGGGAGCGGAGGAGGGCGGAGAGGAGUAGGGAUGCGAGUAGAGACAGCUCCAAUAGGCAGACUACCAGGGAGGCCGAAGAUGUGGAGAGGAGGAGAAGGAGGGAGGAGACGGAGAGGAGGGCAAGGGAUGAUGGUGCGUUGGGUCUGGGGACUGAUUCUGGGGCUGAGGAGAGAAGGAGGAGACGAAGUAAUGAGGAGAGGAGGACGCGGAGGCAUGAGGAGACAAGCAGGACGGCUGCGAGGCAGAUUGAGCAUCAGUCUUCGCUACGAUCUUUGAUUAGUGCCUCAGAUGUGGACUCAAGAGAGAUGGAAGAAGAGAUAUUACGCCAGAUUCGGGAAGAAGGUCUCUUGGAUGGUAUCGACCUGGAAAACUUGGACGUCAGCCAGGAGGACCAAAUCAGUGAGAGGAUAGCGGAGGCUUUCAGGAGGCGGCAGGCGGAGAGAGCAAGGCAAGAACCUGCCAGAAGGAGUGAUAACAGUGGGCAUAGUGAGAGGUCUAGGCAAGAACCGGCGAGAAGGAGGGACCACAGUGCACAAAGGCGAGAAGGUCGUUCAAGUGCUCCGGACUCAAGGGAAACAUCGGGUGAUGAUCGUCCUCGAACUUCAUCCCGGACACGCAGAACCAGAACUCACUCUAGAUCAUCAAGUGCGGUCAGUGCCGACGGGCAAGCCAGUGCGAGUCAUCAAUCCAGUCGGCCACCCCCAUCGAUGAGUGCUGCUCAGGCAGCCCAUCUCGAAGUCCAGUCAAGCGAUGAAAGCAGACAUAGGCGUCGGCGGACUGGGAGCAGCACUCGUAGUGCUACUGAUCCUGUCCCAGUUCCAGAUGUCGAGACAAGACCAGCUGCUAGAUCUCAGACGGACUUGAGCAACAGGCCACAUUCUAUGACUUUGCCUUCACGGCCACUGGUAACUUCUGCAUCCAGGAGCACAACUGAUCCAUCCAAGCAGCAUGCUGAGCUACCCACUCCUGAAGCGAGCCCUCGAACGUCACAAUCUGGACUUAACUCCAGCCCAAGAAUGGCCUCAGGAGCCAGAAUGGAGAAUACGCCAACACCUGCACAGUCAGCAUCACAUUCGAGCCCAAGAACAUCAGGCGUGCGACCCGAGAAGCCUCCCGGACAGUCACAUUCUACGGAGAGACUGACUCGUGCUGCACCUCCCGCAGACAUAUUUGUUUCCCCGACGGCUUCAUCGGCUCCAUCACAAACCCAAGCCGAUCGCAGUCUGAUGCCGACUCCACUUUCUCCACGAGAGGUAACCCACAUGCCACUAUUUGACAAAGCUACUGCCGUGUCAAGCGGCACUAGGCCAACAUCUGGUUCUGGCUCGUCCCGGGGUCGCAAAGAGCUGUAUCACGAGCCUUCAAUAUCCUGUGCUAGAUGUGCAAAGCCACACAUCGAGUAUGAACUGCAUUACAAUUGCGGCAUUUGCUCGAAAGGAACUUACAACAUCUGUUUAGAUUGCUACAGAAAAAGAAAAGGUUGUUUACACUGGUAUGGAUUUAGCUAUGCAGCAGCCCGGACGAACUGGGAGAGCCAGAAUCAGUCAGGUGACCUUGAACCACCUCACAUGCUCAUGGCAAGCCGUUUUGUCCCACCAAGAAUUUCUCCCGGUGGAGCUGAUGGCAGAAGGACUCUCACAACGGAAGAUCCGGAGAAGAGAUUGCAGAGUGGGACAUUCUGCGCAAAUUGCUUGGCCUGGACGAAUGAGUGUUAUUGGAGAUGCGAUCUCUGCAAUGGAGGCGACUGGGGCUUCUGUAAUAUUUGCGUCAACCAAGGGAAAUCUUGCACGCAUCCAUUGCUACCCCUCAAAUACGAGCCACCAGAAUCAGCAGCACCGCCACUUUCGCCAACCCACGACCAACAAACACCACCAUCAGCAUCCAUACUGACCGGACCGGGAGUGAUGAAUUUCGGCAACUUCAAACCACUCACCUUCUCCACAGCCUGCGACAUUUGCCGCCACCCAAUCCAACCCUCCUCAACACGCUACCACUGCUUCUCCUGCACCAGCAGAGUCCCUAACACCCUACCCGGCGACUACGACAUUUGCACAACCUGCUACCCGAAACUCGUUGCCUCACGCCGCAUCUCCGCUGAAAAUGGCUUCAACGGCUGGCGUCGCUGUCUCCAAGGGCACCGCAUGGUCAUCGUUGGUUUCGAAGACAAUCAUGGCGGACGGCGCCGUGUUGUCGUCCAAGACCUCGUUGGCGGGAGAGGGAUUAUACAGGAACCUUACAUGAGUACAGAGCACACAGACACUUCGCUCAUAAAGUGGUACUGGGGCGAUGGCAAGCAUCGCCGGGGCGACUAUGCACAUGUCAAGCUUGUUACCUCAGACGUGAUGAAGACUGCACCAACUCACACACCUGGCUUAGUUCCUGAUACGGCGUUUCCACCAGAUGGAGGUGUAGGCAUGACUGGUGUGGUUACCUGGCCUUGGUAUCCGGCGCCGGGGGCGGACGAUGAGUUGAUGUUCCCGAAGGGCGCGAUCGUGAAGGAGUGUAAGGAUGUUAAUGGAGAUUGGUUUCAUGGGACGUAUAUGGGGAAGCGGGGACUGUUCCCUGCGAAUUAUGUGACGAUAUUGGAUAAGGGGCAUGUGUGA